ACCAGCAGUUCACGCCCACAAGGUGAACAGACAGUUCAGCGCUUGCAGGAGACUUUUGCCUGGGACUCAGCGUCUUACUUCCCCUUCCAAGCUGCUUCAUUAAAAUCCCCUGGGAAACAAAAAAAUUAAACAAGAAGCAAGAAAUAAAACAAGAUGCCAAGGAGCUUGCAGGCUGGAGGAGGAUCAGCUGCCAGUGUCUGAGGACAGCAAGACGAUCCUGCUGCCGGCUGACUCAGCCUGGACAACUUGGUGAGAGGCACUGGGAGAUACAGAAUGAAAAGAUGACCCGUGCUCCAAACAGCUGUCCAGUCUGAGACAAGAGAUGACAGAUGGAUCCAGACAGACUGAUGGAGAAGCGGAUACAGAAGGAAAUCAAGUGACUGGCACCCUAGAUCUCUAUCUCUUCUUCCUGCCCAUUGGGCCAGACUGAGUCUUUCCUCAGUGAUCAAGACAAGGACUGGUUAAACAGUAUUUCCAUUCUUCCCUUGCUCCAGAGGAAAAGCUGCUUGUGACACCCUGAGCCAGAGGAGAAGUCUGAGGCUUUUCAAACUUGCUGCAGUCAGUGCUGUGUGAUGUCUGGAACUGACUGUCCACAUCGUGAGCCAGAGCCCAGGGCUGAAUGCCUUCAGAUCUCGCUGCCUAAGCAGAGCAGCUGCUGCCAAACCCAAAGUUGUGAGUAGUUCCCUUGUCCUUCUGAAAACUGAUGAUUGCCAAGAUGGAUGAAGAUAAAAAAGAGACACCUGUGGUCAAUGAAAAAAGGAAGUCUGUUUCAAAGCCAGUGUCUCCAGGAAAAAGCCCGGUGGAUGAAAAAGCUGAUUCUGGUUCUACAGUAAAUGACUCGCUCUUGAACAGUCAGGGGGAGAAGAAUGUAACAAGCCCUAUAAAGGAUAUUAAAAAUAUGUUAACCUUAACGAGAGACACUUUUGGCAACUUGAGAAGGAGCAAACGCUUAUCACUGAGAAGAAGGAACUCCAAAAGUAACGAAGAGGACCGCCACCUGAAAGCCCCCAGCAUGGAAGAGUGUGUGGAAGAGGCUGAAGCUGAGCCUGUUAAACAAGAACCUCUCUCAGUAAUGGAAAUAAACGAACUUAUUCAGCAAAGGCAGCUUUUAAAGGCCUUUCAAAGCAUCAAGUAUUUGGAAGAUGAAAUUGUGACUGAAAUGGAUGGCAAGGAUUCUGAUGACAAGCCCACAGAAUUUUCCAGGAAAGUCAAAGAUGUGGAUUUGCUUUACAAUUCCAUUGCUAAUGAAAUCAAGUCUAUUGUGAAGAACACGCUGGAUCAUCCCAGUAUAGAGGAAAAGCUACUGACUUUGCUGGUGGAGCUAAUCGCUGAAGAAGAGAAAGCUCAUGGUAGGGCAGAGGGGACAGAAUCUCCUGAGCCACACUUCCUUGGCAUGCCCAGAAAGUGGAGAGAGGUGUGGAAGGACUCUGUCAAAGAGAGUGCAGAAGGGCGCGUCCUUCAGGUGCCCAUGACACCUGAGAAGGACAAGGAUUCUUGGCUUGCUGUCCAUUUAGGGUUCCUCAGAAAAAAUGUUAGGGAGGAUUUAUUGAAAAUCAAGCACUCUGUACAAAAAUGCUACCCAGAGGACUAUAAAGUAUGUGACACGUACGUGGAGUGCUUCCACAAUGCCAUUUCUUCACACCUGCAAGGGCUCUUGCAGAGACACUUGGAAUUCAAUGAACUUUACGCAUUGCUUGAUUGGGUUGCUAACAUGUACCGCAGUGAAGCCCUUCUGGGUUGCCCUUGUCUCCAACCAGAGGUAAAGACUGAAAAUCUGCCUCUGCUUUUACCACCAGCAACUUGGGAAAAACUGAAAAACGACUACACUGAUUCUUUAAAGGAGAAAAUAAAGUGCUAUUUUGACAAUAUCCUGAAGCUGGAGAUCACAGAGAAAUGGGAGAAGGAACUUCAGCCAGAAGUGGUGCAAAACCAAUACAAUUCAUCUCUAUACUUUGAUAUUCAAACGAUCAUUGCAGAACACAUGAAAACAUCAGGAAAAAUCUCCACAAGGCUGGGAACGGCAGUUCUUGAGAUCUGUUUGGUAGAUCUGAAGGAAUACAUCCCACGAUUUGUAAAGGUUUUUCUGGAGUGGGACAAAGAGAAAGAUUUCUCCUUGUUUCUGCCAUAUUUAGCAGCCUACAUCAACAGUUUCCACGAUCUGAUAACGGGCUUACAAACCAAUUUUGCUGCCGACACUAAGGAACUGGAAAAGAUUCUGGCUGAUGUGACAAUGAAUUUCAGAAAAUGUUUUUUAAAUAAAUUAGAAGUGAAAACACAGCCACUAUUUAAGAAAAUUCUGAGCAAAACCUGGGUAUCAAGCGAUGAAAUAUUGAACUCAAUACUGUCAACCACUGUCCAGUAUUCCCAAGACUUAAACUAUUUGAGGCAGCCUACCAACAAGGAUUUUCUACGCGACGUUCACAGGUACUUGGUGAGAGAAUACAUUGCACAGGCCCUCAAACCAAGAAAAAAAAUAAAACGCUCCCAGCGGCAGAAAGUGAGCAAAAAAAUGAAAGAAGAAGCCACAGUUAUAACAGAGACACUCAGUGAUCUGGGCUCCGAUUCUGAUGAGCUUUCUCUUGCCAUAUCUGUCAUUGCUGAUAUCAUUUCUGAGAAGAAAAAAGAAAAAAUCCAGGCACACCUUCAGUCAAUGCGUCAGCGCCAUCGAGAUUUGAGGAACGAACAUAUUGUAGCUAUUCUCGCCCUCCGAGGAUUUUGGAGGAAGACAAGAGAGAACAUUAUUCAGCAUUUGGGCAAUCUCAAAGAAGAUGCAGAAAUCAAGACUGGUGAGGCACUCUUUGCUGAGAUUGAGACUCCAACUAUUGUCAGCUGCCUUUAAAGACCAGCUAACCUACAGAAAUCGACUUCCCCAAUUCCUUCCAGGGCUUCACAUUCCUAAAGUAACUCCUGCUCCUAACUGCCCCUCCAGUGCAACAUUUUAUUUCAAGUGCACAACUGGACUCUCUGGCCCAGAAAGUAAACACAACAGAGGAGCCAAUAAACUGGGACUACACAGAAAGGUUCUCCAAGCAAGACUGUUACUCUGUCUAAAAGGACAUGUCAGGCUGCACACUUGGGUUUGAUCACUGGACGGCUGCUCUCUUUAUUGUACUGCUGAUAGUUAUGCUUUCCUGUUUGCACAUUUGUUCAGAAGAUCUGAGAGGGCCGUGACAGAUUCACUGAGGUUGGGCUAAGGUUUGGACUAUAUGCCUGUAGAGACACCCAGGAGAAAACAAGACCCCAGCCCCCACUCUAGAGCUGUACCCAGUGCUGCCCUCACAUCAACAAAGGGCAGAGAGUGGGCAGGCAGGGCUGGAACUUGCCUCCAUGCCCUCCCUUACAGAUCAAACACUGCAGCAGAGUUGACAUGCCAGGGAGUGGGUCAUUAGCCUCUGUUCUAAAACUGAACUGCAAGUGCUUCCACAGCAAAAAGAUCACCAGGAGUGAAACGGACUUCAGCAGAUUUCAACCAUGGGUUCCCUUGGGCAUGGCCUGCCAUUUGUACAGAGGCCCAAGUCCUGUACUCUGUAGGAGGAAGCCUGACUGAAACCAGAGUUCCCCACUGCUGGAUGGAAGUGUGCAGGUGCUCUUCAUCCCUUGGGCACAGCUGAGUAAAAUGAGAUGGGAAUGCUCAGGGUUGGACGUAUAGAGACAUGGGUGGGGCUAGUGGAUUUAGCACAGCUUGAACCCAGAGGUGGCUUUCAUCUACAUCUGAUCAGAAGGAAUUCACCCACAACCCUGGAGACUGCAGCCCUACAGAGUUGUCUAGAAGCAGUGUAAAAACUGGAAGUCCUGAGUAGUGAGCCAUAGUAGUGGGCCCUUUGACUGUCAGACUGCAUGCAGGGAUCAUGAUUUAGCCCAGAGCUCUCUCAUGGUGAAGCUAUAAGAGUCUAGCAAUAUCAGAGCAGAAGGUGGGAGUUCUUUUCAUGUUCCCUCUGCCCUUGCUCUUCCUGGAAACUCCUUUUAAUGAGGCCGUUAUGAUCUGUCACUGAUAUUAUGAAUGCAAGUGUGAGGCAGACACCAGCAGCAACUUGGCCCAGAUUCUUAGCUGAUUCAUAGAUGCAUAGAUUCAUAGAUGUUAGGGUCGGAAGGGACCUCAACAGAUCAUCGAGUCCGACCCCCUGCAUAAGCAGGAAAGAGUGCUGGGUCUAGAUGACCCCAGCUAGAUACUCAUCUAACCUCCUCUUGAAGACCCCCAGGGUAGGGGAGAGCACCACCUCCCUUGGGAGCCCAUUCCAGACCUUGGCCACUCGAACCGUGAAGUUCUUCCUAAUGUCCAAUCUAAAUCUGCUCUCUGCUAGCUUGUGGCCAUUAUUUCUUGUAACCCCUGGGGGUGCCUUGGUGAAUAAAACCUCACCAAUACCCUUCUGUGCCCCCGUGAUGAACUUAUAGGCAGCGACAAGGUCGCCUCUCAACCUUCUCUUGCAGAGGCUGAAAAGGUCCAGUUUCUCUAGUCUCUCCUUGUAGGGCUUGGUCUGCAGGACCUUAACCAUAAGAGUGGCCCUUCUCUGGACCCUCUCCAGGUUAUCCGCAUCCUUCUUGAAGUGUGGCGCCCAGAAUUGCACGCAGUACUCCAACUGCGGUCUGACCAGCGCCCGAUAGAGGGGAAGUAUCACCUCCUUGGACCUAUUCGUCAUGCAUCUGCUGAUGCACGAUAAAGUGCCAUUAGCUUUUCUGAUGACUUCGUCACACUGCCGAUUCAUGUUCAUCUUGGAGUCCACUAGGACUCCAAGAUCCCUUUCCACCUCUGUGCCACCCAGCAGGUCAUUCCCUAGGCUGUAGGUGUGCUGGACAUUCUUCCUCCCUAGGUGCAGCACUUUGCAUUUCUCCUUGUUGAAUUGCAUUCUGUUGUUUUCUGCCCACCUCUCCAACCUGUCCAGGUCUGCUUGCAGCUGUUCCCUGCCCUCUGGCAUGUCCACUUCUCCCCAUAGCUUUGUGUCAUCUGCAAACUUGGACAGAGUACACUUCACUCCCACGUCCAAGUCGCUGAUGAAGACAUUGAAGAGUACCGGUCCCAGGACCGAGCCCUGCGGGACCCCACUGCCCACACCCUUCCAGGUUGAAACUGACCCAUCCACCACGACUCUCUUGGUGCGACCCUCCAGCCAAUUCACCACCCACCUGACUGUUUAGUCAUCCAAGUCACAGCCUCUUAACUUGUUCACCAGUAUGGGGUGGGAUACCGUAUCGAAGGCCUUCCUGAAGUCUAAGUAUACGACAUCCACCCCUCUUCCUGUGUCCAGGCGUUUCGUAACCUGGUCAUAAAAAGAGACUAGAUUGGUCAGGCAUGAUCUGCCUGCCACGAACCCAUGCUGGUUUCCCCUCAGCAUAAUUUGUCCUGCCGGGCUCUCGCAAAUGUGAGCCUUGAUAAUUUUUUCAAAGACUUUGCCAAGGAUGGAGGUGAGACUAACUGGCCUAUAGUUCCCCGGGUCCUCCUUCCUCCCCUUCUUGAAAAUGGGGACCACAUUGGCCCUUUUCCAGUCUUCUGGGACUUGGCCCGUGUGCCACGAGCGUUCAAAUAUUCCCGCCAGUGGCUCAGCAAUGAUGUCGGCCAGUGCCUUCAGCACCCUCGUAUGGAGCUCAUCCGGGCCUGCCGACUUAAAGGCAUCCAGUUCUUCCAAGUGACUCUGCACCAUCUCAGGGUCUACGCAUGGAAGUCUGGUGCCUUGCUGCUGCCUCUCUACAACCCCAGUGAGAGACUUGUCUUGCCCCUCUCUUAGGAACACUGAGGCAAAGAACUCGUUGAGGAGUUCAGCCUUGUCCCCCCUGUCUGUCACCAAUUGUUUCUGCCCAUUUAGCAGGGGUCCUAUUCCUCCCUGGGCCUUCCUUUUGCUCCCUAUAUAUCUAAAAAACAAUUUCUUGUUGUCUUUUACUUGGGAUGCCAUCCUCAGCUCCAUGGUAGCUUUGGCCCAUCUAACUGCCUCCCUACAAGCACGAGCAGAGGAGGUAUAUUCGUCUUUGGUGAUCUCUCCCUGUUUCCACUUUUUAUGUGCUCCCCUUUUGGCCCUUAGGCUGCCCUGGAUUUUUGUGGUCAGCCAGGGAAGCCUCCUGGCCCCUUUCCCUCUUUUACCUCGCACGGGGAUCAUCUCGCUUUGUGCCCGAAGGAUCGUUUCCUUAAGGCACAGCCACCCUUCUUGGGCUCCCAUCAUUUCAAAACUCCUACUCUGCAGUGCGUCCUUGACUAAUCGCCUGGGUUCAUUGAGAUUAGCUUUCCUAAAGUCUAACACUUUCACCCUACUAGUUACCUUACCCACUCGACGUCUUAUGGUGAAUUCUAUUAUUAGGUGGUCACUGUCCCCCAAAUGGCUACCGAUCUGUAGGUCCCCUACCAUGUCAUCCCCCGUUGCCAAUACCAGAUCCAGUAAGGCAUUCCCCCUAGUGGGACCAUGUACCUCCUGAUGUAAAUCAGUGUAGCUUCGUUGACUUAAAUGUAAUGGUACUGUUGCCAGUGAUUCUCAACCAAGGUGUUGCAGCACCCUGCAACUGUGCCUUGAGAUGCUUUCAGGAUGCUGUGGGGGGGCCACAUGAUGGGAGCACUACUAGGUGUGCGAACAGGCUUCACAUGAUAAACCCAUAGAUUUAUAAUAAUAAGCCAUUCGGUUAAAACCAUCCUGACCUGUUGUGCACUGAGUUCUUUGCAACAGAAAAACUUCUGUUAUUUUCUGUAAUAAAAAAACAAGUGGAAAAUAAGAGUUGACACUUUCCAGAGAGUACCUUGGGUCUAUCAUGGGGUGCCCCACAUCUAAAAAGGUUGAGAACCAUUGGUUUAUGCAAACUGAGGAUCCAGUUCAUUACAUCCAGACUUUAAACAAAAGAUACAUCUGCUAUAGCUGCUGUACAGACAUUAUUCCAUACCAUCUGAGUCCUAAGAGCCUGUAAUAGGUUUCCCUCUCCAGCAGCAUCUAGCAGCCUAUGAGGGGCACCCUUGAUGUCCCUUAAUAUUUCACUUCUGUAUUUUUGUUUUGUAUCCCACCUUUACUCACCUGGCAUGUCUUGAUGUAACUAUUGUAUUGAUGUUCUUACAAGCAGGAGACUGCCUAUUGUACUUCUGUGUUGGGGUUCUCAGCCACCAUGGGCUUUUCCCCCGUCUUUCUCUAGCUAGGCCUACCAGCCUAAAUCCACCAGGUAGGGUUUGACUUUGAGUUCUAGCUCCUUAAUACUGUCUGGGCCCGUGGCCUUCCGUUUGCACUCACUGUGGCACCAGGCCUGCUGGCCCUCUUCCAUGCUGUGCCCCUGGGUGCCAAGUUGUUGGGUCUUCUGCUUCCUCAGGCUUGGCCCCUUUCUUAUAGCCUGGGCUACUAGCCAAGAUCCAUCCAUUGGGACCUGGAUUCAAAGUCCUGCAUCCAGCUCUGGGCCACUGACCCUAUACGGCUGCAGUCACUAGUGCACUGGGCCCUUUGUAUGAUUGCACCCCAAGGUGCUAAUGAGGGCUCCUCCUCCCCUACAGCCUCAACCACAAACCAGCAAUUUACCAGUCAAUCACAAACUGUAAGCCCAUGGGCUAUAACCAAAAAAAUAAAGUUAAAGAAGGCAAUAUGCCAGUUCAUGUUUUUCCACGGCUCUGUGCUUCUGCUUCCCACCAUCUGCUAUGCUUCUUCCUGUGCUGAUGAUGCAGCUUCUUGGGGAGUCAUCAGGAAUUCACCCCUUCUGCUGCCAAGACCCUAUUUGCCAGCUCAGCCCAGGGUUUUUAUAGUUCUGGCCUGCCCCCUUCUGGUCACCUGACUAGCUGGCAAGGCUCAGCUUUUAACUCCUACCCUGCCAGCAGGCUGUGCCCAGAAAGUUCUAGUGUUAAAGGGACCAGCUUGCUUUCUGGUAACAGGGCUAGGGUGCCCUGUUACAGAGCCCCAUAUAUUGAAAAAGACUUCAGGGAUAUUUUUCAGGAUUUAGCCAUUAGCUUGAUGUAUGUGGAUGAAGCAUUGCCUCAAUCAUUAUUUUUUUAGUAACUGAGUUUUUAAGUUUGAAGUAAAACUAGUGAUGAGCCUUAGUUCAUUUUUUAUCCAUGUGUCCACCUACAUACAGUGAAGUACCUGAGGACAGUGGGUAUUAAUAAAAGGCUAAAGGCACUGCACAUGCCGAGCAGACAAGAAAUAAGUACACCUACUUAUCUAAGUCAUUAGACACCAGGACAACUCAGAAAGAGAUGUGGUAAAUUCUCCAUCAUGUGAACUCUUCGAAACCAAGAUUGGGUGCCUUCCUAAGGACAUGUUGUAGUUCAAUAACCAUAUGUGCAUAUAUUUCAGGAAUCUAUUGAGUGCCAUUUUAUAACUUGUAUCAUUCAGGAAAUAAAGAUAUAGGAGCAUUACAGUCCCUACAGGCUCUCUGACUUGUGAAUCUGUGAGGUUUGACCUAGAAACUACUAUGCAAAGCAUAAGCAAAAGUGAAUGUUAUGUUACGAAUGCCCAUCUGCAAUGAUAAGGAAGAGACAGUCUUAGAUAAAGGGGGCUUGAAAACAAAAGCAGAAUCAGAGUACUAGGCCAAAGAGCUCAUUAAAAUACUAAAAAUCAUACCCCUAGGUGGGCAAAAGAUAUGCUAAUGAAACAUGUAUGUAUGUUAAUGAGAUACAUAGCUAAAACACAGGUAUAGAGACAUGCUCAGUAAAGAACUCCUUGUGUCACUCCUUUAUAGCCAAUUAGCAAACAAGGAUGCUUAUGAAGGUUUAAAAACUCCUGUAUAAAAGGGCUUAGUUUUUUAAAUCUAGUGUGCUUGUUCUGUGAAAUUAUUCCGCUUGCACCUUCUAUUGCUAGCAAUAAAUCUUCUUUAUACUUUCA